CCGCACCCAUAGGGCAUUUCAAAGAACAAUAAGAGUCAGCGGCUUGCGUGACAUCAUCUCUCGCGAGAGUUCCCCUCAGGCCGCAUAGGACGCUGCCCAGCUCUCGCGAGAGCACCUACUACGUUCCCCGUACAGGACAGGCCGCAGCUCUCGCGAGAUCUGGGACAGCGGCGAGAGGUGACGCAUUGAGGCGUCUGAUCGGUGUCUGUGCGGUAGUGCCAGAGGAAGCGGCCCCCAUGGAGGUAUAGGGCGAACAGAAGGUGAUGUGUGCUUGCAGAAGAGUAGUGUGAGGAAGUUCGGAGUGGCAUGGCAGCACGUCCCCAUCCUUACGACAGUAACUCCAGUGAUCCAGAGAACUGCGAUCGGAAAUUGUGUAAUAGACCUCGUAAGCUGUACAAACACUCAAGCACUCCAUCGCGUGGUGCUAGAGUGGGAUCCAGCCACACGAAGAUGAGUUUUCAUGGUGCCAGUGGCGGUCACGAACGAUCACGAGAUAGACGACGCUCAAGCGACAGGUCACGUGACUCAUCACACGAAAGAGGCGAAAGCCAGCUGACCCCGUGCAUCCGAAACGUCACCUCUCCUACACGCCAGCACCAAAGCGAUCGAGAGAAGGAAUAUUGUUCAUCCCGGCCGAGCAGCCCCCGCCCUCAGAAAACCUCCCCCAACGGUUCCAGUAGUAGUGUUGGGCUCAGUAGCCGGAACAGUAGCCAGUCCAGCUCAGAAGGGAACUGUAAAACUGCCGGGGAGAUGGUGUUUGUGUACGAAAAUGCAAAAGAAGGUGCCCGGAACAUCCGCACCAACGAAAGAGUCACACUUAUAGUGGACAAUACCAGAUUUGUGGUAGACCCGGCUAUAUUCACAGCACAGCCAAACACCAUGCUGGGAAGGAUGUUUGGAUCUGGCAGAGAGCACAAUUUCACACGUCCGAAUGACAAGGGAGAGUUUGAAGUGGCGGAAGGGAUCAGCUGCACUGUGUUCCGGGCCAUCCUGGAUUACUACAAGAGCGGGAUAAUUCGUUGCCCAGAUGGAAUAUCUAUCCCCGAGCUAAGAGAAGCAUGUGACUAUCUAUGCAUCUCAUUUGAAUAUAGCACUAUCAAAUGUAGAGACCUCAGUGCUCUUAUGCAUGAACUGUCCAAUGACGGUGCACGGAGACAGUUUGAGUUCUAUUUGGAGGAGAUGAUUCUGCCCCUGAUGGUCGCCAGUGCUCAGAGUGGGGAGCGGGAGUGCCAUAUUGUGGUCCUAACCGAUGAUGAUGUGGUAGACUGGGAUGAAGAAUAUCCUCCACAGAUGGGAGAAGAAUAUUCUCAGAUUAUUUACAGCACCAAGUUGUACAGAUUCUUCAAAUACAUUGAAAACCGAGAUGUGGCAAAGUCUGUUCUGAAAGAGAGAGGCCUUAAAAAGAUCCGUCUGGGAAUAGAAGGCUACCCUACAUACAAGGAGAAAGUGAAAAAGAGGCCAGGCGGGCGUCCCGAGGUCAUCUACAAUUACGUGCAGCGACCCUUCAUCAGGAUGUCUUGGGAGAAGGAAGAGGGCAAAAGCCGACACGUGGACUUUCAGUGUGUUAAAAGUAAAUCCAUCACAAACUUGGCGGCAGCUGCUGCUGAUAUUCCGCAGGACCAGCUGGUGGUCAUGCACCCUACCCCUCAAGUGGACGAGCUGGACAUCUUACCCAAUCAUCCUACGCCGGGCAACAACGACACAGAUCCAGACGGGCAAAACUCUACCUUAUAAUAAAGACUUCAGUUCACACGCUACCGGGAGCAGCUGUGUGCAAGUUCUUGCCAUCCACGUGCAAUGUCUAAUCAGGCCUAGCAGGAGUGGCGUUCCGCAGGCACUGGUGAGGUAUUGUUACAAUCAGUACACUUGAUAAAAAGGGCAACACUGCCACUUGUGAGGUGUGUACUAUACAGGUGGGAUGUUUUGGUUGUACUGUGUGGACUAUUUGUUUUACAGACCAAAGGAACAGGCAGGCGUUCCGGCUUUGUAAUGUGUUACUGGUGUGCUUGUGAUGUUGGCUCUCAGCCUCUCUCCCCCUCGCAUCGUAAAGAUCCCCGAUAUCAAAGGUUUCGUUUUUUCCUCCCCUAUUACCGGGGUACACGUAAUAUUAUUUCAUAGUGGCACUUUAUGGAUGAUUUCAGAUGGUGAUUUGUAAAGUCAUUUUAUAGUAUAUUAGUGCAUCUAUAAAAUGUUACGUUUGGCUGUAUAGGCGUCUUAGUCCCCGAUAAAAUGUAUUCAUUGAGCACAAAGGGGAUGUUUUCUUCAGGCACUGGAGUGUUUCACUUAGGGACAGAGUUCCUCUCCGAGGAAACCGCGUCACCCAACUCUGGGAGCUGCGUCAGAUCGACUCCACAGAGCGGAGUUGGAGCACGCAAUCGAUGCCUUACACAACACCAUCUUUCCGGGGCAAGGUUUACCAAUAGGACAACUCUUUAUUAAAUGAUUGUAUGUUUUGCAUUUAAAUAAAACGUUAUUAUUUUAA